CCCUCGUUGGUGCUGUGCUCGGUGCUCCUGGCGUGACUCUGCAAAGGCAACAGCAGUGCGGAUCACUUUCAUUUUCACUUUGAAGACAGCUCUUUACUGGGAGAGAGGACUAGCUUGUUCAGUCUUUUUUAGCCUUGAUACUGGAGAGGUGGAAGGAAGAAGUGAGACAGGAGAGAGGCCACCGGAACCAUUCUUGGACCCUUGGGGGUGGAGCAGGCAGCUCUUCCAGGUUGGCAGGUUGCCAUGGCAUCUGGACCCAACAUGACAGACCCCAUCUGUCUGAUAAAAAACAACAAUGAGCUGCUGUCAGUGAACCAGGAAGCUCUAGAGAUACUUGAGAAGAUUUCUCAGCCCGUGGUGGUGGUGGCCAUUGUAGGACUGUAUCGCACAGGCAAAUCCUACCUGAUGAACCGUCUGGCGGGACGGAACCAUGGUUUCCGUCUGGGGUCCACAGUGCAGUCUGAAACCAAGGGCAUCUGGAUGUGGUGUGUGCCCCACCCCUCCAAGCCAGACCGCACCCUGGUCCUUCUGGACACCGAGGGCCUGGGCGAUGUGGAGAAGGGCGACCCUAAGAACGACUCGUGGAUCUUCGCCCUGGCCGUGCUCCUGAGCAGCGUCUUCGUCUACAACAGCAUGAACACCAUCAACCACCAGGCCCUGGAGCAGCUGCAUUAUGUGACAGAGCUCACGGAGCUCAUCAGGACCAAGUCCUCCUCAGAAAACGAUGGCGUGGAGGACUGCACAGAGUUUGUGAGUUUCUUUCCAGACUUUAUCUGGAUUGUUCGGGAUUUCACCCUGGACCUGAAGUUGAAUGGUCACCCUGUCACAGAGGAUGAGUACCUGGAGAAUGCCUUGAAGCUGAUUCCAGGCAACAAUCCCAAAGCCCGAAUAUCCAAUCUACCCAGAGAGUGCAUUAGGAAUUUCUUCCCAAAACGGAAGUGUUUUGUCUUUGACCGACCAACACAUGACAAAGAUCUCCUGGCCAAUAUUGAGAAUGUGUCUGACGACCAACUGGAUCCUAAAUUCCAGGAACAAGCAAACAACUUCUGUUCCUACAUCUUCACCAAUGCAAAGACCAAGACCCUCAGUGAUGGAAUCACAGUCAUUGGGAAGCGGCUGGGGACUCUGGUGGUGGCGUACGUGGAUGCCAUCAAUACCGGAGACGUUCCUUGUCUGGAGAACGCAGUGACAACCCUGGCCCAGCUGGAGAACUCAGUGGCCAUGCAGAAGGCAGCCGACCUCUACAGCGAGCAGAUGGCCCAGCGACUGAGCCUCCCCACAGACACGCUCCUGGAGCUGCUGGAGGUGCACGCAGACUGCGAGAGCAAGGCCAUUGCACUCUUCAUGGAGCAGUCCUUCAAGGAUGACACGCAGGAGUUCCAGAAGAUGCUGGUGGAAAUCAUAAAGAAUAAGAAGGAGGGUUUCGUGCUGCAGAAUGAAGAGGCAUCUGCCAAAUACUGCCAGGAAAAACUUGAUCAGCUUUCAAAGACCCUAAUGCAAGGUAUUUCAGCAGGAAUGUUCUCUGUUCCUGGAGGCCAUGAACUCUACAGGAGAGCAAAGACAAAGCUUGAAAUGGAGUAUUGCCAAGUGCCCAGGAAAGGCAUAAAGGCCGACAAGGUCCUCCAGCGCUUCCUGCAGUCACAGGUGGCAAUAGAGAAAUCCAUCCUGCAGGCAGAUAAAGCCCUCACUGACGGGCAGAAGGCCAUAGCAGAGGAGCGGGCCAGGAAGGAGGCAGCGGAGAAGGCGCAGGAGCUGCUGAACCAGGAGCUGCAGGAGCAGGAGCAGCAUCUGGCAGCUCAGCAGAGGAGUUUCCAGGAAAACAUAGCCCAGCUGACAGAGAAGCUGGAAAAGGAAAGAGCAAACAUCCUGAGAGAGCAGGAUAAGAUGUUGGAGCAUAAGCUGAAGGUCCAGGAAGCUCUACUCAAGGAAGGAUUUAAAAAGAAGUCCCAGGAGAUGAACGCAGAGAUACAGCACUUGAGAAAUAUGAUCGCCAGGAAUCAAGAUACUGAGACAUCCUGGAUUACAACAGCCUUGCAUGCAUUCGGCAGGGAGAUGGCAUCAGUACUGUUUUCUCCAUCUAAACUUCUUGAUUACAUUGUGAAAGGUGUGAGCUCACUAUAUAAAAAGUAGCUCUCCUUUUAAAGAAAUUAUACAUACAUAAUAUGUAUACAUGCUCUGACCCAUGUUGGUGUGUAUGCAUCUCACUUUUAUUCAGCAACACUUUAAAUAUAAACAGUAGCUAUUAGAGGAGAUUAAUUCCUGGCCCACAUUAGAUAUGGACUCUUUGAUAUAGCGUGUUCACUUUUAGGAAAUGAAUGUGUGCAAAUCAUAUAUGUGUAUGUUUAUGUAUGUGUGUGUAUAUACAUAUUCAUACAUACUCAUACAAGAGGUCCACUGAGGCAGCGCUUUCAGUGGCAAAAGAUUGGAAAUUCCUUAAAUGUCCAUCUGUAUAAAUUGGUAUUAUACAUUUUGCAUGUACACAUACUGGAAUCCUAUGUGGCCAGUAAUUAAAUGGACAGUGGGUCUCUACUUGGGUCACAUAGAACCAUCUUGAAGAUACACCGUAGAGUGAAAAUGAGGUACAAUAUGGGUUGCAUAAUCUGUUCUCUAUAAAAUAUACACUUAC